CCGAGCAUUAUCGCCAAGCAAUAAUAACCAUGCCUAUUCUGGGCCUGCUUGUAGGCCUACAAGCUGACCGCUUGGAAAUCGUCUCACGUGUGGUAUGGUAUGCUUGUUUCUAAAUAUACAUUCUGACUCAAGCUGCCACCCAAUGCAUGGAUCACCCUUGGCAUUGAGCUUCUCGAUUCUAAGGCAAGGAGAGCAUCAGCAAUUCCACACUGAAGAAUUAUCUCAAGAUCUCAAUCGUCUCUGGACCAGGCAUGAGGCGAUGAGAAGCAGUCAGAUUGGAUCCUCAUUCGGUAAUAUUCGGUCGCUAGCUUCCGAACAGGAAAGAUAUUCUCAUCAGCGACUUUGUUAUGGCUAUUGUAUGGUUUGGUUACUCUUAUUAUUGCGGAAACGGUAUCUACCGACCUGAUCAAUGGAUAUCCAUUCUAGAGGUUUCUCUGGACCGAGGUCAUCAAUCAUCAUUCGAAAAUCUCUUCCACAGGUAAACUCUAAACAAACAUGUCUUUUGCGUCUAGACGCUAGUACCAGCCUCCAAGCCGCCACAACUGA